UGCUGGAAGAGCACUACAUAAGUCUCGGCCUCUUCCGUUUUGGCGGGCUGGUGCCUGCGUGCCGCCGAGGGCGUUGUCAUCCCGCAGCGCUCCGUGCUGGUCUGUUCUCCGACGGGGAUUCGAGGAUUCGGGGAACCCGGAGAUGGACUCUAUCACUGUUAAGGAUGUGGAUGUGAACUUCACUCUGGAGGAGUGGGCUUUGCUGGAUCAUUCUCAAAAGAAUCUGUACAGAGAGGUGAGGAUGGAGAACUUCUGGAACAUGGUCUUUGUAGGAAUAAUACAGGACGACCAUAACAUUGGAAAUGAGUACAGGAAUCCUAGGAGAAAUCUAAGGCAUGUCAUAUCGGACUCUGGAAACAAACCAUAUAGGGAUCAGAAAAACAGAGGGAAACCCUAUGAAUGUGAACAGUGUGAUAGCAUCUUCAGGUCUCACAGAUCCUUGAGACAUCACAAAAGGACUCACACUGGGGAGAAGCCGUAUGGAUGUGUGCAGCGUGGGGAAGCCUUCAGUAGUAACAGUUCCUUGCGAAGACAUGAAAGAACUCACACUGGAGACAGGCCCUAUGAAUGUGAUGAAUGUGGGAAAACAUUCACAUGGUUAAGAAGCCUUCAGAGACAUAGGAGAGCGCACAGUGGAGAUAGACCUUAUCAAUGUAAGGUGUGUGGCAAAACCUUUUGUUACAGCAAUUCAUUUCACAUCCAUGAGAGGACUCACACUGGGGAGAAGCCCUAUGGGUGUAGCAAAUGUGGGAAAGCCUUGAGUACUUACAGUUCCUUGCAGGUACAUGAGAGGACUCACUCUGGAGAGAAACCCUAUGAAUGUAAGCAGUGUGGGAAAGCCUUCAGUUCUUCCAGUUCUGUUCGAGUACAUGAGAGGUCUCACUCUGGAGAGAAGCCCUAUGAAUGUAAGCAGUGUGGGAAAGCCUUCAGUUGUUCCAGUUCCCUUCGAGUUCACGAAAAGACGCACACUGGAGAAAAGCCCUAUGAGUGUGGAAGAUGUGGGAAACCUUUAAGUACUCAGCAGUCCUUACAGAUGCAUGAAAGGACUCACACCGGAGAGAAACCCUAUGAAUGUGGCAAGUGUGGGAAGGCCUUCAGUUGUUCCAGUUCCGUUCGAAGACAUGAAAGGACUCAUUGCAAAUAAACGCUGUGAAUGUGAGAAAUGCAGGAAGGCAUUCAGUCAGUCCAGUUACUUUGUUACAUGAAAAAAAAUCACACUGCAGAGAAACCCUGUGAAUGUAAGGGUUUUGGGACAGCAUUCUCAUUUCCCAGUUCCUUGUAUAGACACAGAACUCAGAGUGACUAUGUGUGUAAAAAUGUGUUAAAGUCCU